UACUGACUUACAGACACCUAUGAGAAACGCUUGUGAUUCAAAGCACAUAAUUGAACAAGGCAAAUCCAGCGAAUCAAUUAUGCAAAAGUUCCACGGAAUACCAUAUGGUAAAUAUUUCAUGAGCAGCAUUGGCGGAAGCAGCGUAAUGGAACAAAAAAUGCUUGUGAUCGCCACAAUUUUGAUUGCAAAUGCUUGUAUAGCGGGCACUAUCCCAGCCACCCCCGAGAACAUAACCGUCACCUUUCUCACACCGACAACAGUGCGCGUUUCCUGGCAAACGAUGAUCGAUUUGAAUGCGCAUCCAAUUGAAAAGUAUAUUGUCACAUAUAAACCAGCGGAUGACAGUUACAGGGUUGUUCAGGAUGUCGCCGGCAAUAGCGAAGCAAUCAUAUUAGAUCGUCUAUCGCCCAGCACGCAGUACUCCAUAGCGGUAACGGCUAUUUGGCUUGGUAAAAAGUAUCGCAGCAGACAGAUUAUAUUUCGAACAUUGGAUAUGCCUAAGACAUCAUCGCAGCAGGACUAUGCGCCUGGCCAUCCGAUCGGCACGCUAGGCGCUCAAAACAGCGUUAGUAAUAUUAAUGCAGGAAUUGCUGGAGGCGGGACAAUUGGAGGUGCUGGUGUUGGUGGCGGAGGAGGAGCGGCUCUUUUUGGCGGCAAUUUGGCUAACAGCGCAGCAGCAGCGGCGAAUGGGACUUAUGGUGACGAUGUAACAUCAACGGCGACGAACACGCUGGCGCAUAGACCGCGCGAACUGCCAACGAUACGCGGCGUCGAGAUUGGCAUUGUACUCAUCGUGCUGAUGGUAUGGGCUGGCGCUAUUGCGCUCUUCUUCAAUCGUUGGGGCAAGAUACGCAUGCUGCUUCCCUACCAACCGGAUUACAAGCAUGAACAGCUGAAGGUGCCCGGCACUGGCGUAUGCACUGGCGCUGGCUGUAAUGGCCAACACUCGCAUCAGCAUAUCCACAUGUUGCACGAGGAGCGCUCCGCCUCGAUUUCGGAACGUUGUACACGUAGUCGCAUCAAUUCGGCAAUCUUUGUAUCGUCCGAGGGUAGAGGAUUUGACUCCAUCGAGUUUUUGCGUCGACACGGCUCACAGAGUGUGCUAUGUCGAAAAGCGCGCAGCGCAGAGAAUAUUACCGACAAUGAGCGCAAGAAAAGUUUCUCGGACAAUAACCGACCGUGGCGUACUGACGAGAAUAAUGACAGCGAUCCGAAUGCAGCGAAUAAACGGCAAGACGAUUGUGAUGGCAGCGCCAUAGAAUUACGCGAAUGCCGUCCUAGCGCUAACAACAAUUUCGCAGACGGUGCCGCAUGCGGUGGCGAGUCACGUACCCUCUCAGUGCUCACCGCCAACACCAACUGCGAUCACCCAUCCACCUCAGCAGCUGCAGCAGCUUCAAUGUCCACCACGAAUGUGGUUGUGGGUAGCAUCUCGCUGGAGACGCCACCUUCACACAUCAGGGAGAAGCUGCACAAUGGUAGUGCCGCCAACACAACAACCACCGCCAAUGUCGUCAAUGUACCCAACGGCGAGAAACGACAGCGUCCAAAUACCUUUGCAGGUAUAUCAACCAGAAGCUCCACAUCGCGUGGCUCCACCGACACUGUCGAGGAGUUAGUGCUUGUGCCGACGACUGUAGUUGCCACUUCCGCGCUGCCACCAGAAAUUGUCGCUACAAAUCGUUCACGCACGCUAGUACGUCAACGUUCCUCAACCGCAUCCGCAUCACCGCACCCAAGUCCAAAGUCGCACGCGCACACGCUCAAAAAUGCACGUCCCAAGAUUGCGGCGCUGCCGAUGGUGUCGGUAUCGGGACCAUCACCACCACACGAAAAGCCGCUGCCGCAAGCAACAACAACGGAAUGCUUGUAACAAAUGGCAGCCGAAACAUUUAUUUAAGUAGAGUAAAAAAAAAAUAGCAACGGUGACACAGAAGGUAGGAGAAGUGUUUUGAUAAGAGGACGCAAUCGGGCGAUGGAUGGGCGGCAGGGAAAAGCAGUUGGUUGGUUGGUUGCUGCAAUCAGUUGGUUAAACUAUGCAUAAGUACAAUUGACGCGCCUGUCUCUGUAUGGGAAAACAAACAUACAUACGAUAAUCUGUCCUAUAUUCUUCCUAACUUCAAGCUCACGAUUUAAGCUCAUACACUUGCAAAUGUUUCGGCUAUAAUUGGCACAGUUGGGGGUGGUAACCCUCAGCUCUAAACUAAAUUUAAAAAAAAAAAAAAAAUUAUCAAAAUCGACUGAACUAUUCGUAAAUACUAAAAUAUCAUAAAAAUAUGAACAAAAAAAAAGCAAAUGGUAUUCCCAAAAGUACAUACAUAAUCUUAUAAUAGUCAUUAGUUUGUAAAAUGUAACCCGAGCCAAUAGAAGAUCGGCAUAAAGCUUUAACAAGUCACUUGAAAAC